AUGGUGCAAGGGGGAGAUGCGCUCGAAGCAGCGGCCGAGGCUGGGACCGAGAGAACGGCGCUUCGCAGAUCAGAAGCCCAAGAUAUCGCGGAAGCGACACCGACCUGGCCAGAACGACUCUUGAUCAUACCACGAAAUCUAUGGCUUCCGGCCCUGAUUUUCAUGCUCGGUUCAGCCGCCGACUUCUGCGAAGGCUCGUUCUUCGCUACAGGAUUCACGGAUAUCGGGUCCAGCUUCAAAGCACAGGAGGAUGCGGCUUGGCUUAAAAUCGGCUAUGCCACCCUCAUGGCGAUAGCGCAGCCUUCAUACUCUCUUGCUUGCAACAAGUGGAGUUGGCAUGGGCCAAUUCUAUUGAGCUAUGUACUUUUCAGCGCAGGUCUUGUACUCUGGUCAGUACAGCCGGUUUUCGGUAUACCUCGAGAUGCCACAUCGUUGACCGUAAAUUCUUCAUGCAGCUCACGAAGCCCCAACUUGAUGACAUUGAUAUUUGCACGGCUUCUGACGGCAGGAGGGUCUGCAGGGAUGGUGUAUGUGCCCAGUCUCGUGUUCAACGUCCCGGAAGUUCUCUCGUGCUCUGACCGGCCUCGUUGGACCUCCAUUCAGCAUGCAUUCGCAGCACUGGGGCAAUUUAUCGGAAGCCAACUCGCGGAGUCGAACCUCAGGAACGAUUCGAUUUUAAAGAAACUUCUUUUCAGGCAAGGUCUAGUUGUCUCGAUUCUUGCUGGCAUCAUAGCGAUCUGGAUGAUAUCGCAAAGAGAUAUCCGGCCUGAUAUGCGCAUCAUGCCCCUUACAUCGGGCGGGCGGUUGGAACAGAGAAGUGGCCCACCAAGUUUUGGCGCAUCCGCAAUGGUAGGUAUGGUGCUCCUCGCUGUGCCCAUUGUCGCGUUUUGUUUUGCCUUCGGGUGGGUGAUGGAGGAGUCGCGGUACCAUGUGCUCUGGUCACCACUACUUCUGGUUGGCAUCUCAUCCUCAGCCGUAUUUUGGCUACAUCAAAGCCUUGUCUCGUCGGAUGCUUCCUUGUUGCCACAAGAUCUGCCCACACUUAAACGCGAUGACAUUCUUUGGGUGUUCGCAGCAGUAUUUUUCAAGGACGGCGCAAGCUCUGUGUUCUUGUUCCUCAUACCAUGGAUUUCUCAGAAUUCUGGUCUGAGCAGAAAAUACACAUUUCGAUCUUACUGGUUUCUCGUCCCAUUUGGGGCUGCCAUCACAGCAUUCUGGAUCAAGAAGUCAAGCAAGACCAAGAGCCCGCUUCUUUUGGGGGCAAUAUUGUGCAGCUCUGCGGUUGGGAUAUUGUCGAUCUUUGUUUACCUCACCUGCAUUGACAUUGGCAUUCCUCUUGCAUUGUAUCCCUUGAGCGGGAUAUUUGGGAUAGGCAAUGGAAUGGUGGAAUCGGCACUGCUGCCCCGCCUCCUCGUAGCCCUAGAGGAGCAUAUGAGACAUCAAGCCGUUGUUUAUGCAGCGUUUCAUUUGAUAUCUACGUUCGCCGAUUCGCUUUGGACAGCAUUAUCCAACACGAUGUUCCUUUGGUCCGCUUCAGAGUUCAUGCGACGCAGUCUGAGCAAUUUAGUCGAGGAGGGCAUGGUUGAGAAGAUCAUCAAAGAAUGUCGUCACGACAACCAAUGUACGAAUGGUCUUGCAGCAAACAUUAAACAUGCUGUACAUAUAGCAUAUCUGCGGGCAUCUGUUGCAGUGUGCUUCGUUGCCUUUCUUGGGAGCUUAUGCUCUGUCUUGAUUGUCUGGUACUGGAUCACCGAUGUCGCACUUGAAGAGAGUAAUGGAGAAAUUGAUGAGCACUGA